AUGGUACUCUCCGCGAGUUCGUUCAAGCACAACUGGCAAACUUUGAAGGAUAAUCCGCUGGGCGAGAUCGCAGGCUCUCUGGGGGAUCUGGGGACCCUUCUACCUCUUAUGACAGCUCUCGCUGCUGGGAAAUCAAUCUCGCUAACCGCUACUUUGAUAUUUUCGGGACUUUUCAAUGUGUACAGUGGUGCCUUUUUUGGCAUACCUAUUGUGGUAUCUGAUCCCUUCUGGUGCUUCUGUGUUUCCCCUGAGGUCGUAAGCGGAGGAGAUUGGUUCUAUAAGGCUGACCCGAGUAGGUGCAACCCAUGAAAGCUGUUGCCUCUAUCGCCCUCGCUCGACAGCUAUCGCUAAAGGAGACUAUGGCGGCUGGAAUUGGUGUGGGCGCCGUGGUCAUGUUGCUUUCGAUCGUGGGAAUGAUUAAGAAGGCGGCCGACCUGAUACCUCUCCCAAUAGUCAAAGGGAUCCAGGUAGGCGCAGGCCUAUCACUCUGCCUCAAUGCUGGCUCUAUGCUUUCGGGCCUUGGCCUCAACGGGUCCAAAUGGGACGAUAACCUUUUUUGGGCUAUCGGCGCCUUUUCAAUCCUCUAUGGCUUUUCACGGCUGCCCAAGUUCCCGUUUGCUCUUCUGGUAUUCCUCCUAGGUGGUAUAUUUGCCGCGGUCGAGGUUGCUACGAGUGGCGGGAGUUUGCCAGCCCUUGGAUUCUGGUGGCCAUUCAACCCAACGAUACCUACGCCAGCUGAAUUUGCAACCGGGUUCGGGACAGCGGGCGUCGGCCAGAUUUCAUUGACGAUAUUGAAUUCAGUGAUUGCUGUGCGGUACCUCAGCGAGGACCUGAUGCCCACUAGGCCCGCACCAUCGGUUACUGCCCUGGGAAUAUCCGUUGGGCUCAUGAAUUUGACAGGAUGUUGGUUUGGGGCUAUGCCCGUCUGCCAUGGUAUGCAUAUACGGAUCCAUUGACUAGCUAUAUCUGGUUAACUAACCAACAGGCAUCUAGGCUCGGGUGGAUUAGCAGCACAGCAUAGGUUUGGGGCACGGUCGGGAACUAGUGUGAUCAUUCUUGGACUGGUGAAAAUUGGCGCUGGGUUGGCAUUCGGAGAAUCGCUUGCUAGCUUGCUCCAGAGAUUUCCCAAGUCUCUACUGGGUAUCAUGGUAUGUCGAGAGCGCUGAGGAUUGCUAAUUGUAUUAGGUUUUCUUACUAAGAUGGGUCUAUAUAGGUAUUCGCGGCUGGGAUAGAGUUGGCUUCAGUUGCGGAGAACCUAAACAGCUCAGCCAAAGACCUGCUAUGCCCUAGCUCGGCGGCUCUAAGGAUUGAGCAAUCUCGGUCUGCCGUUCACGCCCCUUUGAGGGUAUUGACAGAUCGCGAGAAGAGGGAGCGAUUCUUAAACAUGAUGGUCACUGCUGCUAUGAUGUUGGCCUCUAAAAAUACCUUUGUGGGAUUUCUGGCCGGUGUUUUCUUUUGGGCCCUCCUCCGGUUGCAGGAUAGGAUGGAGACUUUGGCGGAGGCAAGGGCAUCGUAUGCUCCAUUGAAUGAAGCAUCUGCUCUCUUGGGACGAUAGACGGUUUGCAGUGGAGCUCCGCUAUGGUAGUUUUUUAUAGACUUGAGCGCACUUUAAUACUUCUUUGUUAGAGUAGAGUCGGCGCAGUUGUCUAAAAACAAACAACGCGCCAUCAGUAGUCUAGAAGUAUCAAUUCCGAUUAUUUGAGUUACUGGUUUGAAUGCUGAGCAAUUAUUGUGCCUGUUUACUGGUGCUAGUACGGUAUACUCCAGUUCGCAAAGUCCUUGCUGAUGGAAAGGUAUGAUACCGUAUCAUCCCAGUACGAGUGGGAAGGUCUUGGCAACAGCGGACGUAUUGUAUCAUACCGUACGAGCACUUGGUAUCAUACCAAGACACCUGAUGCCCCAUACUACGUACUAACUUUAGUACAUUUCCAUCAAUCUGAUUCUGUGUUUUCGUUCUGUGAGAUAGCGAGGCGCAACUACACGUACGGUAACAAUAAAUAAGGCCUGAAUAUCUACCAUUAAAUUUUGAU